AUGCCGCGGAUCGCCGCCCUCACCUGCCUGCAGCUCCUGCUGCUGCUGCGGGCCGCGCAGUGCCGGCCCCACGCGUGGGACCAGGACAGGCUGCAGCUGGAGGCCGUCAAAAAGGCGAUCCUGGAGCGGCUGGGGAUGGCGGCUCCCCCCGCCAUCCGGCACCGGCCGGACCCGGAGAGCAUCCAGAGAGCGCAGCGGCUCUACCGGCGGGCGGCGGCGGAGCUGGCGGGGAACCGGAGCCGGGAGGAAGAGGAGGAGGAUGAAGGGGAGGAAGCCGUGCCCAGGCUGCACCGCCUGACCCCCACCUUGCUGCCCUGGCUGGACAUCCCCGAGGGACACCGGGACUCUCCGGGCCCCCGGGACGCGCAGGGACAGCGGGAGCCCCUCGGUGCCCGCCGCUACCGCCUGCUGCUGUCCCGCACCGCGCAUUUCCAGCGGCAGCUCCGCGUGGUGCGGGCGGAGCUGAAGCUCCUCCGGCAGCCGCUGUCCCCUCCCGGCGCCUCGGGGCCACCUCGGGUCACCAUCUCCGCCCUGCCGGGGGCCGGGGGCUCCCCCCAGGUGCUGCAGAGCCAGGAUCUGCAGGAUUCCCUCAUUCUGGACCUGACCGGAGCCGUCCGGCCCUGGCUGGCCGGGCCCGAGCCCUCGCUGCGCCUGCAGCUGGAGUUCAGCACCGACGUCUCGGCGGCGCUGGCCGCCUCCGAGGGGAACACGCUGGAGCUGGAGGUGCAAACCCUGGAGAAAGCGGCCCGGGCGGCCAGGAGAGCCCGGGGGCUGCAGGACGAGUGCGGCAAGGGCGACGGGAGGUGCUGCCUGAAGUCGCUCCGGGUCUCCUUCCAGGACAUCGGCUGGGCCGACUGGGUGGUGGCCCCCAGCAGUUACCACAUGCGCUUCUGCGAGGGCUCCUGCCCGCACAACUACAAACCGGCCAGCAUGCACGCCCAGAUCCAGUCCCGGGUGAGCUCCCUGUCCAAGGCGGCGCCUCCUCCCUGCUGCGUCCCCGCCGGCUACGACCCCAUGGUGCUGAUGCACCUGGACGGCCAGGGCAGGCUGGUGUCCACCCUCUUCGAGGACAUGCUGGUCACCGGGUGCCACUGUGCCUGA